UUGUAGACAUUUAGAAGCCGAUAUCUUGUUACAAAAGUGGAAUUACACAAAAAUUCUAGCAUAUUAUGAAAUCUGAGGUUGUCAUGGGUAAAAAGUCCCCGAGUCCCCAAGUGAAAGUGCAAAAUGUUCAAAAAUUGUUUGUUAAUAAAAGCUCCAGAAGUGCCAAAUUGACUGGCAGUGAAAGGGUUAAAGGUCUGUAUUACAGUAUUGGGAAACAUUGGUCUAUACAGUAUUGGGAAACAUUGGUCUAUGCCAUAAACAAAAGCUAACGUAAAGGUUUUCCUACACUCGCCCUGAAAAAAAGGAAGUGUCACUGCUUAUUUGUUUUCUUUCAGCCGUGCUCGGAAUGAGAAGGAGGGGUGGAUCUUAAGUUACAGCUCUAAAUUCUUUCCCUUUUCCUGCUUUCAUUUUGGUUUCAGGCACUGCUGGCAGGUGACAGACAAUGGAUCCCACGGAGCCAACAGUACCUGGAGGCCAGACUGUGGAUGUCAUGAACUUCAAUGAGUUUGAUGCGCCAGAUAUAGUGGAAAGGCUGACAAAAAUGCUGCCUUUUCUGGGUGUUGAUAUUGAGAAAUAUCUUGAUGAGCAAAAUAAAGAAAAUGCAGCUAUACGUCAGAAAGUGGAAAAGGGCUACAAGUUUGAGAUGAGAAGUGAGAACAGGAGACUGCAGUCUUUCUUCUCAUUUACAAAAUUCUCAUCAUGGUGCCCAAAGGCAAUGGCCAGCGCUGGGUUUUAUUUCACAGGAGUGGAGCGCAGUGUCCAGUGCUUUUGCUGCGGGAUUGUUUUCUGCACUAGCAGCUUUAGAACCCAACCAGUAGAAGACCAUAUGAAACGCAGCCCUGCUUGUGGGUUUGUACAAGGGAAAGAUGUUGGCAACAUCCCUAAGUAUGAGAUCCGUGUACAGCAGCCUGAAGGUCCCCAAAGGGAUUUGCGGGAGUAUGUGACAGAGGAAGCCAGGUUACACUCCUUCAGGGACUGGCCCUUCUAUGCCAGGAUUCAGCCUGACAAACUCUCUGCUGCCGGGUUCUACUUUACAGGAAUAAGAGACACUGUCCAGUGCUUUUCCUGUGCUGGGUGUUUAGGGAACUGGGAUGAAAAUGACGACCCCUGGAAAGAACAUGCAAAGUGGUUCCCUGAGUGCAAUUUCCUCACAAGCAUCAAAACACAAGAUGAAAUCAAACUGUACAUCUCAUGUUACAAGACGUUUCCUGGCUAUACGGGUAAAGAUUUUACUACAUUUCACUGUGAGAAUACCUUAACCAGUGUACCACAAGGGAGUAAAUUCCUGAACAUCUUUGAGGAUGAACAAGUUCGCUUGGAAUCAUUUAAAAGAUGGCCUAAAACCCACCCUGACCCCAAAUCACUUGCUAGAGCUGGAUUUUUCUACAAAGGACAAAGAGACAUUGCCCAGUGUUUUUUCUGUGCUGGAUGUUUGGUUAACUGGGAAGAAAAUGACGACCCAUGGAUGGGACAUGCAAAGUGUUUCCCUGAGUGUAAGUUUGUGAACACUUGUACAAACCUGGACCACAAAAAUGUCCAAGAUGAGAGCAAAUGCGAUAAUUUCCCACAGCAGAUACAGCAUACACUUUUCACCCCUGUUCCCCACCAAGAAAAACUACAGACCCUAGCAAAUAGAGAUGUAGAUGUCCCCACAGAAGACUGGUUCCAGGAGGUGACCAAGCUGAGGCAUCAGCUGAUGGAUAUGUAUAAUAACUCGCAGUUCACUAAAUUAUUUCCUUUUGCUGAUUCCUCCAGUGUUUCUAUUGACCUGAAGUCCCUGUUUGCAGAUAUAUCUGUAACUACAAAAGACUCCAAAAACCAGCCUUUGGCGCAGCUCACAUUACCUGAUAUUCUGUCAGACCUGAGGGACAUCACCAUGAUAGAAGGUGAAGCCGGCAGUGGGAAAACAGCUCUGCUUAGGAAGAUAGCCAUUCUCUGGGCCUCAGGGUGCUGCCCCAUGCUAAGCAGGUUUAGGCUGGUGUUCUAUAUCUCUGUUCCUCUCAUUGAGAAACAACAAACACUCGCGCAAAUAAUCAGUAAACAUCUGGCAGGAACAUCCCCAUCGCUCACAGACAAUAUUCUGCUGAAUAUUAUAAAGCAGUUAAAGAACCAGGUGCUGUUCUUGCUGGAUGAUUAUGGCAAGACGGACUUUGUACUUGAACCUAUAGAAAAUCUUUUGCAAAAAAACCACUGGAACAGGGUGAGCGUGGCAGUCACAGUGCGCACGGAUCAGGGAAGGAAGCUGCGCCAAUAUGCAAGGACAAUACUGAGCAUCCAAGAUUUCCCUCUGUACAGCUCCAUACAUAUAUAUCAACAGCUUUUUUCCCAUGAUAUUCCUUUUCUUGAGAAUUUUUUUGCCAAAAUGGCUUUUUCUGAUAUAUUCAAAACUGCACUAAAGACUCCUAUGUUUACAUGUGCCAUUUGUGUCUUCUGGAUUCAAACUGUAAAUAAGGAAUUAUCCACUGACCUAUCCAUUUGCAAGGCCUAUCUUAUGUACACCAAGCUAAAGCACCCCAGGGAAAGAGAAAGAGUUGAAGCUUCAGUAUCACUGUGUGGAGAUCUUGCACUGGAUGGAGUCUUCAAGUCACAGUUUGAUUUCACAGACGAGGAUCUCACUGCCAUUGGUUUAUCUGGUGAAGAUGCUCUGAGAUUUGGACUGCUGAGCAAGUUCACAUCACAAAGGCUACACCCUGUUUAUAGGUUCUUUUACCCAACAUUCCAGGAGUUUAUUGCUAGCAAAAGGAUGGAUGACCUCCUGCAGUCAGAAAAUGUAAUUAUGAAGGAGAAAGGGUUAUUUUAUCUGCAACAAAUAAACAUAUGCUUACAUGUUGUGGGACAUUCCGAUUUUCUAAAAUACUGUUGUAUGCAUUCGGCCGAAGCAACAUCAAUUAUCAUUUCACAUUUGUUCUUGUUGCUUAAUAACCAUGAAGCCAUUGAGUUUCAAACAGAUACCAAGGUUAACUUUCAGCACAACCCAGAUGCAGCAUUCAGGCAAGAAAUGAUAGCAAUGUUACGCAACACUGACAUAAACACGUAUCUUUCAUGUGUUAAACAGAUCAUUUGGAAUUUUGCUAUUCAAGUAAUAGUUAGAGGUAAUUUCUUGUCUCAGUGUGCACCCAUUGUAUUGCAGUUUCUCAAAGGACAGGAUAUAACGGUGAAUAUGUUCUCUCCAGACAUGGGUUUGCUUGUGUUUUUGAAACUAUAUCCAGAAGGAUUAUCUCUCAUUAGAAGUUUGCGCCUAUCCAUAAAUAAUAUAAGAAGCACUACUGGCCCUGUAUCUAAUGAAGACCUUGCCAAGGUAUUUUCUGACGUUCCAACGGUUGAACAAGACUAUUCUAUGGCAUUUAAAGUAAAACCAGAAAACUUUGGGCAUCUCAAUCUGAAAAAUUCUAUGUUUCAAAAACUUUUGGACAUAUCUGAUUUAGAUAUAAACGCAAGUCAACAUAAGAUUGCUCUUCUCAAGGUUGAUGUAAAUGGCAGCAUUCCAGAUUUGGAAACGUACCUUGGUAAUCUCCUAGUUUUCCUCUCCCUUACGGAUCACAUAGACCUGGAAUUGAGUAACUGUCCUGGAUUUAUUGAAGCUGUUUGGCCUUGUAUUGAUCUGUACGGCGCCUCCUUUGUAAAAUGCAGUUUUCAUGGGGUAGAAUUAAAUAUGACAGAGCAAGAUCUGAUACUACAGAUGUCUUCACUAGAAAGUCUUCAGAUGACUCAGAUCCACCCACCAGAAUAUCUCCUUUCACAUCUGGACAGAUUGAAGAAGUUAAAGGAGUUAAUAUUGGAUGUGAGUGAUAACAUGGAAGUUGUCAGACUUUUUCCAGAAGAAUUCAAAGAACUCCGAAGUCUUGAAAAAUUUGUGUUACGAAACGUUAAUCUGAUGAAUGAUUCUACAAAAUUAGCCAAAUUUAUUGCAGCCUUCUCCAAUUUGACAUGUUUUCAUCUUAAAUGUGAUCAGUGUCCUGAAUUUGAGAGACUGUUGGAAGGUUUAUCCCGUAAUAAAAACAUUCAGGAGCUUUAUCUAGAAGGAUGGUUUCUAAAUGAAUAUAUUGUUUCUGUGGCUUCUGUUUUACCGCUGCUUCCAAAUCUAAAAAUUUUUGAUAUUAAGAACAUGUACUUUACGAACAUGUACGUGGACAAAGCCAGUGUAUUCGCUGUAGCUUUGGCCAGCCUGGCGCAGCUGGAAGAGCUCUACCUCCCCGGAGGCCCUGGGAUAUGCAAAGAAGCAACAACUAUUAUUCAGCAGUUCCAGUACCUCAGAAAUCUCAGGAUUAUAUCAUUCCCCAGCAAUGUGUUAAAUGAUGCCAGUCUGCUGCAAUUAGCACAUGCAGUGAGAGACGGACAUUUAAGCAAAACUGAGGAACUAGAUCUUACUGCAAACCAUGACAUUACCCAGUCUGGAUGGAGAGACUUUUUCCAGUUGGUAGAUAAUUUGCCAAAGCUCAACAGUCUGUCAAUCAGCAGAGCGUAUGGCAGGGAAAUCAAAGCGGAUCCCUUAACUUUCAUUGCCUUAGUUCAGUGCGUGGCCAGACUUCCUAGUCUAAGGAACUUAUACAUGUAUUCAUGGCUCCUGGAUGAGAAAGACAUAGAAAUGUUUAAUGUCAUGAAAAUAAAACAUCCCCAGGGAAAGAGUUUGGGCCUCCAGUGGCAGUGGCUUCUACCAUUCCCUGCUAUUGUGAAGGACUAAAUCCUAUGGCAUAUGUUUUAUGGCAAUGGGCCAGUAUCAGUUCAAUGAUAUAAAAGAAACAAAAAAGUCCACUGGUUCUCUGUACCUUUUCUAGACCCAGAUAUUUUCUAUUUAGAGUCCUUUUUGAUUUUGGAAACCAGCAGAACUCCUCAUUCUGUUCUCUUUCCACACAGCUCUAGACACUCUUAGCUCACACUGGGAACCUCCCUUUUCUGGCUCCUAGCACAUCUAACCUGCUGAUUAUUCCCACUCAAGACCCCUGUACAUGAGGGAGGGUACGAUUUCAACCUAGGGGGUAUAUAUUUUCCUUCAAGCUCUUCUCCAGUUACCAGAAUAUGUAUUCUUAUGUAACCCAAUCUAAUCCAAUAUCCGGAUAUAAAAAACAAGAGCUUUGGAUACCUUGUAAAUUCUAUCUUUAUAAUCUACAGUUUGGACAUUUCACCAUGGGACCAAACUGUGAUCUAUAUCCUUACAAACAGCACAAUCAUUUGUAACAUAAAGGGAUCAGUGCUGUUAUCUUGCCAAAAAAAGUAACCAGAACACAGCCUGCAACAGAGCCGGCGACACAGCCUGCAACAAAGGGGAAGGGGCAGGGCACAGACAGCAGGACAAGAGAAUGGGCUUAUGAGACAGGAGAGGCUGAAUGGUAUGGUGGACACCAGCAAAAGAACAACUUAUAGAAAGCUGGGAGUAAGUCAAGCUAAACUGACAAGUGCAGUGGCAUAACUAUAGAGGAAGCAGACCCCACAGUGGUUGUGUGCUGGGCCCCUCCAAAUAUUUUUUUGCCCUAGUUACUAGGAUGUGCAGAGGGGAAAAGACGGAAGGGUAGGAACAAAAGUCUAACAGACUGACUGGAGGGAACAGAGGUGAAAGGGACAGGCAGUAGCCAGCAGACGGGAAUGAACAGAAGUAAAACGGAAGGGCAGGAGAAAACGGGAGAAAUUUGUCAGACUAAAUAUAGAUAAAUGGAAUUAGCUAGGCUUGAGAGGAGGCUACAGGUCAGGCAAAUAGAUAUGCUAUACUGAUUGGUUAAGUGUAUUUACAACAACAUGCCGAGUCUGUGUAAUUUGUACAUAUAUGAUUGCCUUGCAAUAAAGUUGGAAUAAAUAAAAAAAAA